UGUCAAAAUCUGUUAACAUUUUCGAAAAAUGUAAAUAUGACUGAAUUUUUUUUAAAAAAUGAUGGAUACGUUCAGUGAAGGCGGUAUUUGCCGCUGUUGUCAUGCCCAAGGAACAUUUAAGAGUCUAAACGAAACGUAUACAAGUGAAAACAGGCAAGAUACUUACUACAACGCUCUGCAAAAAACAUUUAAUAUAGAAAUAAAAUAUAUAUCAAGCAUGGAUGGUAUGUCGAUUUGUAACAUUUGCAUCGAGAAACUGCUAGAUGGGGAAUUAUUUAAACAGCAGGUUGAGGCUUGCGAGACAAUCUUGAAACAACACUACAGCAAUAAAGACGAUUUUAAGCAAGUAAAAGAUGAACUCUAUGACUUUCCCGACGUUGAAACAAUAGUUAAUGAUGAUUUAGAUGAUCAACCGCUGUCGGCUUACAAGACUUUGGAAAUUGAUUGGAAAAUCCAACAGAAUGAUAAAUAUGUAAAUAAAUCAGAAAAUCCAAAAAUAAAGAAGUACGGCUGCGAUUUAUGUGAUAAAAGAUUCUCAUACAGCGGUUCCUUAGAUGUACACAUGCGAGGUCACAGCGGUGAAAAAUCGUAUAUAUGCAGGCUAUGCGACAGUAAAUUUGCUUUGAACAAGGAAUUAAUACGACAUAUAAACUCUGAGCACUCCCAAAACGGACUGUUCCCGUGUAAUUUCUGCUCGAAGAAACUAGAAAAUGCCAGAUCUCUGAAAAAUCAUCUGACAAUACAUUUCGGAGAGAAGUUUAAAUGUCCUCACUGUGACAAAGAGUUCCAAAGAAAGAAAGGCCUCAAGGAACACUUGAAGACGCACACGGGCGAAAGGAAUUUCAGUUGUACGCUGUGCGAUAAAUCCUUCUGCCACAACCAGACACUGAAAUCACAUAUGCUGACCCACACGGGCGAGAGGCCGUACGUGUGUGACGUCUGCGGGAGAAGAUUCCCUCAGAGAACACAUCUAAAACGCCACAUCUUCUUAAUACACACCGGCAUAAAACCUCACACCUGCAAAGUCUGCAAUAAACAGUUCUCGAGCAAGAGCUACCUGUCGAUACACCAACGGACGCACACAGGAGAGAGACCCUAUUCGUGUGAUGUCUGCAAGAAGGACUUCACAGCAUACACGACGUUAAAGGUCCAUAUGCGUGUGCAUACCGGUCUAAAACCAUAUUUGUGUACAUUCUGCAAUCGCCAAUUCGCUCAGUUAGCGAGUUUUAAGCUCCACGAAAGGACACAUACUGGAGAGAGGCCGUACUCGUGUAAGGUUUGCAAGAAAUCCUUCUCCGACAACGGCUACCUGAAGAUCCACAUGCGUGUACACACGGGCGAGAAGCCGUUCAGCUGCGACAUAUGCAAGCGUUCGUUCAGAGAGACCGGACAACUGAAGCGCCACAUGCGCGUACACACGGGCGUGAAGCCCUACACGUGCAAGGUGUGCAACAAACAAAUCGGCAAUCUGUCCAAACACAUGCGUGUCCACACCGACGACAGGCCCUACAGCUGUAAUGUGUGCAACAAACAGUUCUCGCUGAAUGGCAACCUCAAGUUACACAUGAGGAUUCACACCGGCGAGAAGCCAUUUAAUUGCGACGGGUGCAAUGUACAGUUCACACAGAGCAGCGGCUUGAAGAGGCACAGAUGUGGCCAUGUGAAGACAGACUGACAGACGUGAUUAGAAAGUGUAAUCACACAGCUAUUAUACAAUAUGGCGUAGAAAUAUUCAAUUUAUAUAUAAACUGGACAGAAAAUAUAUAUUUUGUUAUAUAAACAUACAUUUUAAACAAUUUCUAACCACUAAGUAUAGUGCACUUGAACUGUGAACCGGAAUUUAAACUCACUCAGUCGAUAUAAAUAUGCAACUAAAUAUUAAUACAUACUUUCGGAUGUUUUAUUUAACUACCUUCAAAUCAAGACGGCAGAGUGAAAGACGAGUGAAGUCGGGUGCAGAUGUGUGUUUUAUAGGAAAAUAAUCUAUCAAAUGAAAAAUAUUAUUGCUAAUAAUUAAAUUGAAAUCAAUCAAUCAAGGUUUUAUAUCGGAUUUUAUCCUUGACACGCGGAAUUGCUAAUGGAGAGGGACGUUUUGCUGUUGUACGUUUGAAAUUGAGUGAGUAGGCUGUUACCGAGUCAGUUUUUUAUUUCAAACGCCAAAAUGUGGAUUUGCAGUCAAGCGCUAUAAGGCCCAGCGGACAAAAAAACAAUCUAAAAUCAACGUUUUUCCUUAAGAGUCUUUAAAACCAUUUUUUGUUAGUGUUUUUUCACUUCAAACCCUGUUUAAGAAAUCCUAACUGUGAGAUUAGCAAAAUUUUUCCUAGUUGAGUUUAACUAGAUGGCAGCAUUGAACCAUUUUUUCGGUCUUAGGACUAAUAUUGUCUAUGCUUUCUCCGGGAAUAAGGUGUUCAUCCAAUUGAAGAGUUUGGGUGUAAUUAGUUACGAACACAGCACAGAUUAUAAAAAGCAGUUCUCUUUGAAGGUAUCAUAAUGAGCAGGUUUCAUUGAGAUUCGUAUAAACAACCUUACGUUAAUCUCAUCUUGUCAUUUUUUAUUAUAACUGUGUUUGUUUUCUGUGACGUCUAAAAUAAAGUAGAUUUAAAUUAA